AUGGCUCCCUCAAAGACCGUCGCCGUCGCAUCGAAAGAUGUUACGCCCUCAAUUGACCCCGAGCAGACCCUGAAGGCCUCCAAGGCUCUCCUGGCACACAUCAAGAAGGCCGCCAAGGAAAAGUCUGAGGAAUCCGGCAAGAAGAACCUCCUCGCCGACGAGACCGAGGACCUCGCCAGCCAGCCCAUCUGGCUCACCCUCACAACCAAGCGCCACAUCGCCGACAGCGCCCGCCUCAAGCCCGGCAAGAUCACCCUCCCGCACCCCCUCAACCAGGACGAGGACUCCACGAUAUGCCUCAUCACCGCCGACCCCCAGCGCGCCUACAAGAACAUCGUCGCCUCGGAAGAGUUCCCCGAGGCCCUGCGCAAGCGCAUCACCCGCGUCGUCGACGUGGCCCACCUAAAGUCCAAGUUCAAGCAGUACGAGGCCCAGCGCAAGCUCUUCGCCGAGCACGACGUCUUCCUCGCAGACGACCGCAUCGUCAACCGCCUCCCCAAGGCCCUCGGCAAGACCUUCUACAAGACCACCGCCAAGCGCCCCGUCCCCGUCGUCAUCUCCGCUAAACCCCCCCGCGGCGCAGAUGGCAAGCGCGCAAAGGCGGCUCCCAAAACCCCCGGCACCGUCAACGCCGGCACCCCGCAGGACAUUGCCGCCGAGAUCGAAAAGGCCGUCGGCGCCGCCCUCGUCAGCCUCACCCCGUCCACCAACACCGCCAUCCGGAUAGGCUACGCCGGUUUCAAGCCCCAGCAGGUCGCCGACAACGUCACGGCCGUCGUCGACGCCCUCAUCACCAAGUGGGUGCCCGAGAAGUGGGCCAACGUCAAGAGCAUCUACGUCAAGGGCCAAGAGACGGCCGCCCUGCCCAUCUGGCUGACGGACGAGCUCUGGCUCGAGGACAAGGAUAUCGUCGCCGACGACAGCGAGCAGGCCAAGGCGAUGAAGGAGAAGGCCAACGUCGGCAAGAAGCGCAAGUCGAUUGGCGGUGCUGAUGAUGAAGAGACCGAGACUGCUGCGACUAAGCCCUCCAAGAAGGCCAAGAAGGCGGCCAAGGAGGCGGCGCAAAAGGUUCUUCCCGAGGGCGACGACGAGACCCUCAACAAGCAGAUUGCCGAGCGCAAGGAGAAGCUGAAGAAGCAAAAGGCCAAGGCCAAGGCUGCCGUCGACAACUAA